CGACCCUCUCCUUAACGACGACCUGCGGGAAGACAUCUCACAUCACGACGACGACAAACGGCACAGCGACGGCGUUUGAUCCAUAUGCCUUUUAUGACUUCACCAAGAAUCAACUAGACACAUCCAGGACUUCAAAACCCAAACUGCUGGCGGCAUCGAGCCCCCAUUGCCUCACCCUCCUCGGUAGGCACAUACACCGAGUCCGGAGCAGGCAUCAUCACCUUUGAUUCUACCUCCAGCCCCUCGAAAUCCAAAUUCCCAAUCCCUAAUCCAUCAUAAUGCCUCCCAACAGCAAUGCGAUACCGCCGCGUAAGGAGGCAACCGGUCAACCGGCUCUACCAUUGGCCCGCGUGAAAAAGAUCAUCGGCACAGACCCGGACAUCGGCAUCUGCUCAAACAACGCAGCCUUUGUGAUCACUCUGGCAACCGAAAUGUUCAUCCAGCACCUCGCCUCAGAGGGCCAUAACAUGGCCAAGGCCGAGCGCAAACCCCGCCGCAACGUCCAGUACAAGGAUUUGGCAACCGCCGUGAAUCACCACGACAACCUCGAGUUCCUCGAAGACGUCAUCCCCAAGACCGUCCCCUACAAGCAGAUCAAGGACCAGGCCGCCGCUUCCCGGGCCCAGCCGAGGAAAGCCGACCAGGAGCCCAAGAAGCGGCAGUCUACCCUCAAGACCGGCGCCGCCAACGGCGUCAACGGCUCUGCUGAUGGUUCCGCUGCCGCCGACCCUGUGACGACGGCGCUCCACUCCGAUGACCCCGCCGCCCAGCUCGGAGCACGGUCCCGCCAGUCUGUCGCCAACGGCGACAACGAGGACGUCGACAUGACGGGCUGAUAUCCUGCCCGGUCCCUGCCGUCCCCCCCCCCUCUCCCGACCUCAUUUCCAUGAACUCCCCCUCCCCCUCGUUGACAAGCAGAUACGAAGAAUCUUCCUUCUACAAGGAGAUCAAAUGGGGGCGGUGUUCGUGCAGAAGCAUCCCCAUCCUUACCUACAUCAACACGCACAGUUACAUACUAAAGAUUGGGGGAAAAGAGCAGUAGUCUGUUUGUCUGCAGAAAUGGAAAGCAUCGUUGACGAAGUGUACGAUGAAACAGUCCUUCCCCUCUCCCCAAGUAAAGGGCAAAAGGGGACUCGGGACUUGUUCUUUUCUCUCUUUCUCGGGGCUCCAUCCAACCC